GCAUAUUCUGUCAACUCUGUCAACUCUGUCAACACGGUUUCAGGAAGACCUGGUGAAGCAUAUCCUCAGGCACCAUGCUGACGGAACUGGAGAGCGCCCUGAACAACUUCGUUGCCGUCUACCACAAGUACUCCCUGGCGAAAGGGAACGCCCACGCCCUCUACAGGGAUGACUUGAAGAAAUUGAUGGAGACCGAGUGUCCUCAGUAUUUGAAGAAAAAGAAUGCAGAUACCUGGUUCAAAGAGUUGGAUAUCAAUACCGAUAAUGCAGUCAACUUCGAGGAAUUCCUUGUACUGCUUAUAAAGGUGGGCGUGGCGGCCCAUGAAGAGAGCCACAAGUAGUGGCAUGGCUGUUGGGCCCUGGGGCUUGGCCCCUGGACUUGUCCCUGAAGAAUAAUAAAGUGAUUGAUA